AUCGUCGAGUCUCCGACACCGACAAUGAAAAUGGAAAAAAGCUAAGAGACACGUCUUCCUCUCUCCACCUUCCUCUCAAGAUCGAAACUUUUUACAAUCACUGUCGAUGAAUUAAACAAUCCCAACCCCACAACCAAACCCCAAUCCUCAAAGUGGUGGGUGAUGUCUCUCACACGGAAUCUAAUCAGAGACGAAGAGCUCGGAGCCAUGUCAGACGACGACGAUUCACCCUCCGGAAAGCGAUCUAAACUCGAUCGGUUCCCUCUUAGCCGAUGGGAACUCGCGGUCUCCCUCGGCGUCUUCCUCGUCUUCUCCUCUGGUCUCUUCUGCAUCUACAUGACAAUGCCCGCUGCCCAAUUCGGCAAGCUCAAGCUCCCCAGAAGCAUCUCUGACCUCCGCUUGCUCAAAGACAAUCUUGCAGACUAUGCGAAUGAGUACCCGGCGCAGUUCGUUUUAGGGUACUGUGCGACCUACAUUUUCAUGCAGACGUUUAUGAUCCCAGGGACUAUCUUUAUGUCGCUUUUGGCGGGAGCUCUCUUUGGGGUUAUCAAAGGUGUUGUCUUGGUUGUUUUCAACGCAACCGCUGGAGCUACUUGCUGUUUCUUUUUGUCUAAGUUGAUCGGUCGGCCUUUGAUCACUUGGCUGUGGCCUGACAAGUUGAGAUUCUUUCAGGCUGAGAUUGGUAAGCGUAGAGAUAAGCUUUUGAAUUAUAUGUUGUUUCUGAGGAUAACACCAACACUGCCAAAUCUGUUCAUCAAUUUGGCUUCUCCCAUUGUUGAUGUACCUUUUCAUAUCUUCUUUUUGGCGACAUUGGUCGGUCUCAUUCCCGCUGCUUACAUAACCGUCAGAGCUGGACUUGCUAUUGGAGAUCUCAAAUCGGUGAAGGACCUGUAUGAUUUCAAGACAUUGUCAGUGCUUUUCCUCAUUGGGUUUAUCUCCAUACUCCCAACAAUACUGAAAAGAAAGAAGAUAUAUGAAUAGCCAAAGAGAAGUCCCUUUACAAUACACAGGCUUGCUUAACCUUCGAUGUCAUAAAGCCUUACAGAGGACAAGGCUACAAUUUUAACUGAUUUAGAGGACACAGCAGAAACAAUAAUGGCUGACUCGUUUAUACUUUUUUUGUGUGUUUGUGUGUUUCCAUUUGAGAGUAGAACUGAGGAAGAUAUCAUAGAAUCAAUACAUUUUUUUCGGAAUCAAGUUAUUAUUUUCUUUAUA